CAACCCCUCCCACCAAGUCAAAACCCCCCGCCCGCAAUCAUGAGGUACUCAUUCACCCUCGCCGCCCUUGCGGCCCUCGCCUUCGGCAAGGAGAUGCCCAAGGACGAGGCGCGCGCCGCGGAGCUGUACGACUCUGGUGUGAUGCACGAGAGGAUCAUGUCGGAGAAGUUCAAGCAGUGGGAUGCCAUGGCCAACGCCCGCGCUUCGGCCCUCGCCGACCCCUACGUCGAGCUGCACUUUGCGCAGUGCAGGGACGGAAAGUCGGUGCCUUUCAGGGACCAGGCCAACUUUUUCUUCCGCUGCAACAACAUGAACCUGCACCACUUUCUGCCCCACUCCAUGCUGGGCAGCACCACCGGACAAGGCUCAUCGUCGUGGGGUUGGACUUCUGAUGACGGCAGGGAGUUUGCCAUCAUUGCACAGGCUGACGGUGCUGCUUUUGCCGAGGUUAUUCUCGGUGGCAAGCUUCGCUACCUCGGUCGUCUGCCUCAGACCCCCGGUGCCGCCGCCGCCAUCUGGAGGGAGAUCCGUGUCUUCAAGCACUACAUUGUUGUUGGCAGCGAGUCUUACAACCACCACAUUCAGAUCUUUGACCUGAAGAAGCUGCUCGACAUCGACUACCGCAGCCCGGUUGUCUUUGACGCUGCCAAGGACGUGACUGGCUUUUACGGCAACCUGCCCGACGGACGUGCUCACAACGUCCUUGCCAACGACGCCUCUGGCUUUGCCUACGUCGUCGGUGCCCGUCCCCGCACUUCCGAGUGCCGCAGUGGCCUCAUUUUCCUUGACCUGAAGGACCCCUCCAAGCCCGAGUUCGCUGGCUGUGCGGCCAUGGACGGCUACGUGCACGAUGCUCAGUGCCUUAUCUACAAGGGACCUCACACCAAGUACCUGGGUCGCGAGAUUUGCUACGGCUACAACGAGGACUCUCUUACCAUCUACGAUGUCACCGACAAGAAGUACCCGCAGCUCGUUUCCGUCACCUCGUACGAGGGUGCCACCUACACCCACCAGGGCUGGGUUCUCGACACCGAGAACCAGGAGUUCCUGAUCAUGGACGACGAGUACGACGAGUACGACAAGCGCGGACCUGCUGCCAACGGUCGCGCAACGACACUGAUCUGGGAUAUCCGAAACCUGGAGAAGCCCAAGCAGACGGGCUACUACCAGGCUCCCCGCACCAGCAUCGACCACAACCAGUACGUCUUCGGCAACUACAGCUACCAGUCCAACUACGGCGCCGGCCUUAGCGUUCUCGACAUCUCCUCGAUCCCCCAGAAGCCUGACGGCAGCGGCGUCCGCGAGGUUGCUUGGUUCGACGCGUACCGUGAGGAUGACAACCUCGAGGGUGGCGGCUCGCUGCAGUUCGUCGGCAGCUGGUCGAGCUAUGCUGGCUUCAAGUCUGGCUACAUUCUGAUCAACACCAUUGAGCAGGGUGCUUUCCUGAGGUACCACGAAAACAGGUCAAGGUGCAGGACCCCGCUAAGGGAGGCGACUGGACGGCCGAGUAGGCUUCCAGGCCCCAAGCCAUGCGCCCCGAUGAGGCUAUCUGAUGUUGGUUUGGUGGGAACUACUGUAAAGUCGUGCUGCAACAACCUGGUGGUCGAUCGCUUGGACGGAUCACGUGCUGAAGAACUGGCCCCGCAGGUCCAACAGCCCGUGAUGUCCUCGGCACGCCUCACUCGGGCUCCUGGGCCAGCCGGACUGAUCGUCCCCAAUUUCAACCCCGAAAUUACCUCCCACAUCGAGAUGACAGCAACCAGCAGACCCCUCCUCCUCCCGCAGAACCGGAGAUUGCGCCACCUUCGCGGCGUCUGCCUGCGAAAUCUGAGCUUCAGCAAACCCCACGGGCGGACGAUUGACGAUGCCGCCAUAAACAAGUCGCCGGCCAAGCUCGAUUCGGUGCACGAGACGGGCCAGUUGCACCACGCGCACAGCACAGAGGCUUUGAAGAGUAGUACACCGGCCUCGACGGGUGCAGCGGGAGCCUCGUCACCCCGUAUGCGACGUCGCAGCACGGGCCUGACCAAUCCGAAUCCCGUCACCCGGCAGAAGGAGCUCGAGUAUGCGGUCGACUCCAGGCUGGCGGAUGUGUUUUUCUCGCUACACUGCGCUGCCGUCGCAGAGCCCAUCUACAUCAGCGAGGUUGGGGAUAGGGCCUCGAACUUCAACUUUGAACUCUUCGAGCUCACCGGUUUGAGCCCGGCGGUGACGCGAUCCUCACGCUUGACCGUUAAAGUUUGGGCCAAGCGACAGCAGUCAUGGGCCUUCCUCCUCGAAGACGAUGUCGACCUCCGAGCGCUCAGCUUCGUCGGCACGACCCUCCAAAAUCUCCACAUGCCCUCGAAUUGCCUCGUAUUUCACCUCGUCGAUGGCAUAUACGUCUACGGCAUUCCGGCAAAGACCGUACCUCCGAAACAAGUUCCAGCCCUCCCGACGUCGUCAUACAAUGCGCUUAUGAAGCUCUGCACGCUGGAGAACUCGGUGCAGGAUGCGCUGGUUGCACAUGAGGAGUUGACAGCCCGGAUCGACCAGGCCCUUGCGCAGAUGCCCGAUACUCCAGUUGCCGAGGAGGAGGACAAGCUUCAGCUGGCUCGAAGGUAUCUUGGGAAGCAGGAGGCUGCCGUUGUAGCGUCGAAGAAGCGACGUGAGGAGCUCUGGCAGUCAAUACAGGCCCGGAAAGAAGCAAUCAAAAUGGGCAGGGAGCUGCAGGACCUAGCACGCAGGGAUGUCGAAAAUGCGACGGAUCAUUUGGCAGCGUCGCAGGACAUCCUGGCGCAGACCAAGGAGAGCAUCCACGGCCAGCGGCGGCGCAUAUGCGAAGACCUCAUCAAAAUCUUCCCCAUAACAGAGGCGCCAUCCGGCCAACCGCUGUCUUUCCAGAUAUGCGACGUCCCGCUGCCCAACACGAUAUACGACCCCACGUUGCGGUCUGCCGUCAAGGGCGGUAUCGCGCCGCCCGAGGACAUGAUAUCUGCCGCGCUUGGUUACGUGGCUCAGCUGACAAACGCGUUGCAGUCUUAUCUGGGUGUGGCUCUGCCGUAUCCCAUUACGCCGUUCGCGUCGCGGUCGAGCAUCCGUGACGACAUUAGCAUGCUUCCAGAUCCGUCGCGUGACUUUCCACUAUAUGUGCCACGUGGCGGCUCGAGCGCCCAGUACAGGUUUGACUACGGCUGGUUCCUGCUGAACAAGGAUAUUGAGGUGCUCUGCACUGCGCAGGGAAUCCGCGUCGUUGACAUACGGCAUACACUGCCCAACCUAAAGUACCUGCUUUACGUGUGCAGCGCGGGUAGAAACGAGCUGCCAGAGCGCAAGAAGGGCGGCAUCAGGGGCCUCUGGCACGGUCAGGGGCUGCUUAGCCGGGGCGGCGUUGCCAGUAGUAUCGACACCUCGGACCCGGGAGGGGAUGGGAGUGUGGCGGGGAGUAGUCGGAGGGGCAGUACCGACAGCGAGGUAACUGCUAGGCAGAGAGAUGAACUUGCAAGGUCAUUGUCUGACGGCACCGACAUGAGACCGCCGUCACAACGGUCUGCGGGAGGCGGAUUGGGAUAUGGCGAGAGCCCCAAGACGACUCUUUUGUUGCGGACAAAAGGGUUGCGCGGCGAGGCGGUUAAGUAA